AUGCCAGUGCAAGCCCCACAAUGGACAGAGUUCCUGCAGUGCCCGAUCUGCACGCAGACAUUUGAGGAGACUGUUCGUCGGCCCAUCAGCUUGGGCUGUGGACAUACUGUCUGCAAGAUGUGCCUGAACAAGUUGCACCGCAAGGCCUGCCCCUUCGACCAGACAGCCAUCAGCACAGACAUCGAGCAGCUACCUGUCAACACAGCCCUGUUGCAGCUGGUGGGAGGACAGGUUCCUAAGGCCCAGCCGGUCGCCUUGAUCACCAGUUCAGAGGACUCGCAGCAUUAUGAGGAGGCCAGACAGUGUGUGGAGGAGCUGGCCCUCUACCUCAAACCCCUCAGCAACACCAGAGGUGUGGGUCUGAGCAGCACAGCCCAGAGCAUGCUGAGUCGGCCUAUGCAGAGGAAGUUGGUAACCUUGGUCCACUGCCAGCUGGUGGAGGAGGAAGGCCGUGUUAGAGCCAUGAGAGCUGCCCGCUCUCUGGGUGAGCGUACGGUCACGGAGCUCAUCCUGCAGCACCAGAAUCCACAGCAGCUCUCCUCCAAUCUGUGGGCUGCUGUCCGUGCGCGAGGCUGUCAGUUUCUUGGGCCAGCCAUGCAAGAAGAGGCUCUGAAGUUGGUUCUCCUAGCUCUGGAGGAUGGCUCGGCUCUGUCUAGGAAGGUGUUGGUUCUCUUUGUGGUCCAAAGGCUUGAGCCACGCUUCCCGCAGGCCUCUAAGACUAGCAUAGGCCAUGUGGUGCAGCUUCUGUACAGGGCCUCCUGCUUCAAGGUGACCAAGCGUGACGAAGAUUCAUCCCUAAUGCAGCUCAAGGAGGAGUUCCGUACCUAUGAGGCCCUGCGGCGUGAGCAUGACUCUCAGAUUGUUCAGAUUGCAAUGGAGGGUGGGCUUCGCAUUGCCCCUGACCAGUGGUCAUCCUUGUUAUAUGGAGAUCAGUCUCACAAGUCACACAUGCAGUCUAUCAUAGAUAAGCUGCAGACCCCGGCAUCUUUUGCCCAGAGUGUCCAGGAGCUGACUAUCGCGCUGCAGAGGACAGGAGACCCAGCCAACCUCAACAGACUGCGACCCCACCUGGAGCUACUGGCCAACAUUGACCCCAGUCCUGAUGCUCCUCCUCCAACAUGGGAGCAGUUAGAGAAGGGUUUGGUAGCAGUAAAGACUGUGGUGCAUGGCCUGGUGGACUUCAUCCAGAACCACAGCAAGAAAGGAGCUGACCCUCAACAGCCUCCUCAGCACAGCAAAUACAAAACGUACAUGUGUCGUGAUAUGAAACAGAAGGGAGGCUGUCCACGCGGAGCCAGCUGCACCUUUGCUCACUCUCAGGAAGAGCUAGAGAAGUAUCGUAAGAUGAAUAAGCGCCUGGCGGCUCGCCUCCCUGGCUCAGGAGGUCUCAUGCCAGAUGAGGGCCUUUCCCUAGAUGUAGCAGUGACCCGGAAGCCUUCCCCACUCACCAAUGGGAGUGGUGGGCCCACCCUGCCCCAGCUUAUUGCUCGUGGCGCUGACACAGGACCAUAUGAUCUGCUGCGUAAGCCUAAGAUCGAGGGGGGAAGUCCGAGUGCACCAGGAUCACCACCUGAAUCUCUGGAUCCAUUACCCAAAUCUGGUAUGCCUCUGCCACCCCAUGCCAUGGCCCACCCUAGGAUGCCAGGAGACCACCUCCCCGGGGUGAAGCAGAUGUCCGUGUUACCCAGAGGUUCACCAAUGUACUCCCAGCAGCAGCAGCUACCUGAGAUGUACUACCCUGACACUCGCCCACCACCAUCUGCAUCACAAUACGAGCCCUCACAGUACCCUGCAGGUUACACAUACCAGCAACCACCACAGUACGUCCGAGGUUAUGUCCGCAACCCUCCACCCCCCAAUGAGUCUGCAGGACCCCCUUACCAGGAGCCCUAUCCUGGCUAUGGCCCUCCAGAGCGCCCUUACCAGGCCCCUCACUCUGGCCCACCCUUUUCCUAUCCUCCCCCUCCACACUAUGACACCAGGGGUCGCCAUGGCCCCUACCCUGGCCCGCCUCCUCCCCCCCAGCCUUACCCAUCUCAGAGGGACGACCUGGUCAGGAUGAGUCCUGCACCUCUGGAUGUACCUCCACCAUCUGCAGGACAGGGUGGCUCACUCUACCACUCCGAGCCCACUGCACGGGACAGGUACCCACCAGACGGCUACUACCCACCGGGUGCCCAGCCUCCACCCAUGAGGCCUUAUCCCAGGGAGCCACCGUAUGGCCGUUCCCAGCCCAGUCUGGACUACCUGCACCGUCGUCGGCAGGAGCUGAUAUCCCAGCUGGAGGAAAGGAAGGUCAUUUCUCCUCCACCAUUUGCUGCCUCCCCCACUCUCCCUCACCCCUUCCCCAGUGACUACCCCUCUGAGUAUGGCGAGGACAGCUCCAAAGCCUUUGGGAAAUGCCGAGAGCCUGACUACGCAGGACAGUUCUCCCCCUGGUCUUGUGACACCAUUGGCUCCUACAUCGGCACCAAGGACGCCAAGCCCAAAGAAGUCAUGGUUCCUGGUACAAUGGAGAUGAUGAAUGUGGAGGCUAAGGGUCUGAGGGAGCCAUCUCUGGAGCCCCCUCGGAGGGGUGCAGAAGUGAAGGAUGAUGACCCCAUUAUCCCCUUUGGCCCCCAGCCUACUGUGUCACGCUUUGGUGCCAUCUCCCGCACCUCUAAGACUGGCUACCAGACCACUGGCCCUGUCCAGGCCAUGGCUUCCACUCCUCAGAACCCAAACUCUAAGCAUAUGGCCAUGGCCGCAGAGUACUCGUAUGGAAACCACGGAGGAUGGGGUGGGGCCUCAUACCCCUCCCACCAGACUGCCUCCUCGUCUCAGGGACACUUCAGUGAGCGCCUGCCCAUGGCUGCCUCAGACAGAGAGCAGUUGAAGAUCGAGCUGCAGCAAGUCAACCAGCAGAUCAACCAACAGACCCAGAUGCACAGCAUGGAGGCUGCCAGUAACUCUUUACUGCUGCAGAGGGAGGCCAGUGCAUUAGCAGGCCAACCUGUCCAGCCCAACCAGGGCCAGGCAGCAGCAACAACCCAGCAGCAGCAGCAACAGGCUAAGUGGCCGGCAGGUGGAGCCAGUGCAACAGCUGUCUCCAGUGAACAGCUCAGCCUGGAGCUCCAUCAGGUGGAGAGAGAGAUCGGCAAGAGGACCCGUGAGAUGGCUAUGGAGAGUCAAGUGGCCCAUGAGGUUCAGCAGUACAAGAUGAAAAGUGCAGAGAAUGGACAGCCAGAGCACAAGACUCAGCUGGAGGAGAUCUCCCUGGCUCUUGGCGAGGUGUCAAAUGGUUCCAGCAGUCUGCAAGAAAGUGGGGUGGGUGGAUCUAUGCUGUCACUGACCAGUAAGACAUCUUCAUUGAGCCUGUGUUCUGAACCAGGUGCCGGAGGUUCAGAGAUGCAGAAGAAUGGUGUCGUCCAUUCCUGAUCCUAGGCAGCAUACAUUUACACACACACACACACACACACACACACACACACACACACACACACACACACACACACAUGCACACACACACAUGCACACACAUACCAGUUUUAUUUAGAAGAUGAGCAGUAUCUGCCGUGAUAUGAAUUUUCUUUCUUUUUGUUCUGUGAAUGAGCUUUUUUUUAAAAUGACUUUCCUUGCCUGGAAACCAGGGCAUUUGAUAACAUUUCUCGUUUUUGUUGUCUUUUUUGUUUUGUUUUGUACUGGGAUUAUAGAUAAACAAGGCUCACAAUAGAUGUAUCAAGAAAACAAAAUAGUGGUGAUGAUGAUAGCAGCUGUGAUAUAACAUGAUUCGGCAAGGCCAGCUUUACUGCUGUGUCAUAAAUGAACAGACAGACAGAUCAGGUGUUAGAUUAUGUUCCCCAGACCAGAUUUUUGUGGAGUUCCAUCCAGAUGAAAAAAACAGCUGAAUAGUGAAGAUGGAUGAACCGCUACACCAUAUGCACCUGGAGGAACCUUUGCGCAUUUUAUAUAUUUUUCAUCUGUUGUCCAUCAUGAUGUGAAGGUUUUGUAGUUCCAACAGCAAAAGUGCGAUGCUUGGUACUCACCCCCUGAAUCGUAAAAAGUGGUUGCCCAGAUGACAAUGACCUGAGGAGGGAAACGCGGUACACUGUUCCACAAAUCUUCGGCUGAAAUUCAGAUGCAAAUAGGCGAGGUGUUUGAGUAGUCACAUUUACACCACAUGCACUUCCCCACCCACCACGAGAAGUAUGAUUUUAUUACUGCAUUUUCUGAAUUCAUCAUAUGUCUGUUUCGUACUUGAAAAGCAGUAUAUUAUAUAUUUAACUGAAGCAUUCUGUUUUAAAGAUUGCAACAAGUCAUUUUGAUAAAUGAGCUUUCUGCAUGUUUUCUAUAAGGGAACCGACUGUGCGCUUCUCUGGGUUGUGGUGUGACCUGAUGUGGUUUGUUUGAGAUGCCUUCUGCCUGUGCUCUGGCAUUCAGUUCUGUUUGAUUGUGUCAUGGAAUUCUUCACUGCACAGUCAAAAAAGUGUUUUAUCAAACACGUAUUAUCAGGCUGUAAGAGAGUACAUUUUUCUGCAUCAGGAGUUUGGUGAUCCCCACCCUUCAGUGUAAACUUGACUUUAUAAUGUCAGGGUGAAUGAGGUUUUUCCCUCCUCACAACUUCUCAUCUGGCCACACAGAAGGCCUCCCCAUUGGGAUUAUCUUGUCAUUUGUUCUCCUUAACUUCUAUGAAGUUGCGUUCCCUUGAGUGUUCAUUUUAUUUUAUUUUAAUUUUUUUCAUGCUUUACGCUGGUACGAUUCAGGGGGUGUAGCGUACCUAAGUCAAUGGGGCUCUCUAGACCCAUUAUGAAGGUCAGGAUUAUAGUUUAGUGUGUAACUUUCAAAGCAUUUCAGCAGUGUCAGUGAAGAACGUAUGCUUUUAGAAAAGGCCGCAAAUGCUGUAGUGAUUUUAGCUGCACAUUUGAAAUUAAGGAAACAACUGAGCAUAACAUUGUUGAUUACUGAGGGGGGAAACUAGGAAAAAUUGCCUGAUGUCACACUGGUCCUUUGAGACUUACAAGUUUGUUUAUUUUACAUUUAGUACAUUUCAGCCUCUUAAACAUUGAGUAGUAAACUUUUCAGUUCACUGCAUCUCAGUUUUUGAUUCACAACUUACUAUCAUCAUCACCACCACUACUACUGUUAUUGAUCUGACUCUGUCAUGUACAUUGUUUAUUGCUGAUGCUCAAUAAGGAGCUCUUUGCCUUUUGUAAACGAUUGACAUGAUUGGCUACAAUUGUAGAGCUCUGCUGAGAUGCAAAGUGAGAGUCCUUGUGCUCAAACGGUUAAAGGAAUAAGGAUAGAGGUGACGCUUGGGUUUUGUUGUUUUGGUUUAAUGUUCAAAAUGUUUGUUUGGGUCAGACAAGAGGUAUUGAGGAACUGACAAACAGGGUUUGACAGAUCUUUGAUUACUGAUGAGUCAAUUGGAUAUAGACACAAAUGCUUUGAUGUCUAACAUCCUUGAUGGGGUUGACCGGGCACCUUCAAACUUGUCAGCGCCUUGAUAUAGUGAAUGUUUAGGGUUACUUUUUUUGUUUUUCCAACCACACUUCAGGCCUCUGGCUGCUCCUUGCCACAUUUAUUGUUUAGGUACACAACUCACUUAUACAUAUGAGUAUGUAUACAUACAUUAAUAUACUAAAGCACUAUUAACGUGCCACCUCUUAUUCUACUCGCUCAGCAUUUAUAUUAAAUGAUCUCUACUUAGAAUCAGCAAAAAUGUUUUUUUGUUUUUGUUUUUCUGUCCACUGGUUGCCAACACAGACUUUAUCCUUUCCCAGAUGAAGGACUUCUGUGCGCAUUGAUGUGUGUUCACUUAAUCUUUUUUGUGUUCAAACAAAGAAAAUGUUCUUUAUAGACUAUGCUUCCGAAGAAGACAAAAUUCUGUAACUUUGGAAAAUUUAUGGAAAAAAAGUUUUGUGUGUGCUAGAUUGUAUUGUAGAAAAUGUACCCUGACUAUGGCUUUUUUCCCCCUCAAAGUGUGCUGUACUGGGUGAUAGUGUUGAGGUAUUAGAAAAGUGUUGGGGUUUCCUUCCCCACCCUCCCACCCCCAAGAGGCGAUUCAGGAAGUCUCUGCUGAAAGGUUGGCCUUAAUUCCUCAUGAAUUGCUCGUUUACUCCUUGUCUGCUGUAGCAGCAUGAGAUGACUUGGAAAAUAAUUAACACUGAAUUGGCAUGAUUCAGAGUCACACAGAUGGACUGCAAAAAAAGAAACAACUCACUAAUAUCACCACUUCACUCAUGCAAUAACAAAUCUUGGGAUUUGAAGCAAAGUUUGUAAUUUUAUUAAUUUUGGUGAAAGAAACGUUAUUGACCUAGUGGGGUUUGUAGUUUUUUUUUUUGUACAUUUUGUUUUGUUUCUGUAAUACGAGUGAAAUCACUCACUUUCAAGUCUUGCAGUGAUGAGUGCAUCACCUCACCUGUUGUAUCAUCAUGUAGUUAACAGCUAUGCGACAGUAUGACACAUUCACAAGUAGAUUUUCUUCUUUUCUUCUACAGCUAGUGACAAGAAAUUGGCCAGCGUGUUUAAUUCUGCCGUGGGAACUAGUAAUUAACCCAAUAUAAUAGCAAGUUCUAUAAAAUAAGGGAAUGGGUUUUAGCCCUGAAUUGGCAACAGUUAAAGGUCUUAAACAUCAUGUUGCCUGUUACUCUCUAAAUUGAAGUCAGCCCAUAACAUCACACUGCUUACUCUCUGUUGGAUCCCCGCAGCCAUGAAUGAGCCCUAAAAAGCCUUUGGCUGAGCAGAAUAGACAUACAAAGAUGUAUGGGGUGGUUUUAUAUGUAGUAAAUAGAACAGAUUUUCAUUUCAGUCUCCUGAUUUUUUUUUUUUCCUCCCCCCUUUCCUGAGUGGAAUUGCUGCCCCUAAUUUACAUAAUCUCCAUUAACCCCUCCACUCCCUUGACCACUGAACUCUGUUACUGCUGUUUGAGGCUCACAUUUUACUCCCUGACUUUGUGGGGAAAUUCGCAAAUGGCUUUUUUAUAUGAUUAUUCCCUUGUAAGAUAUCUCUUAAAUUAAGGUACAGGUUGAUUUCAGCAAGAAAAAAGAAGUUUUUAUAUGUAUAUUAUACUCCAUUAAGGAAUGUCUAGAAUUAUCUUCCUCCAAUGUGGAUGUAGCCAUUAUUACGCCAUUUUAUGACUUUGUAAGAGAAUUCACUGUGUGAAAAUUGGUUUGCAUUUUUGUAUAAUACAAUCUGCUUUUUUUGUUUGAUACGAGAGGGAGGUCAAACUGGAAGUUUGAAGAGAGAAAAAAAUGAACCUGUGAAAUUGAAAAAACAAAAUGUAACUUAUGUACAACAGUGAUUCUGAGCUGAGGGGGAAAGAUUAAAUGAUAUUGCUAACUCUGCAA